CUCGAGGGGGAGGAGGGAGGGCUCCGGGCAUCGACGUUGUCCCUCUGCUCCCCCAGGGUAUCGGAUCGGAGGCCUGCUGGCUCCGUGGUGGCUCUCGAUGUCGAGCCAGCGCACAGAGGAAAGGCCCCGGCAAUGUGGUGACGCAAGGUGGAUGAAGGAAGGAUGCUCUCUAAUUAAAGUUCUCUCUUCAGGUUGGUUCUCUCUCAGGCCUGAUAAUGCCAUCUAAUAAAUCCGUCUCAGAUGCUCCGAUCUUCCAGUUCACGAACUGCCGUAUCCUGAGAAAUCACGAGCUGCAAAGGGAGGACCUGUGGGUGCGAGAAGGGAAGAUCCUCAACCCGGAGAAACUGUUCUUUGAUGAGAAAGGAUCUGCUGACAUCCAGCUGGACUGCAAGGACAGCAUCAUUGCCCCUGGUUUCAUUGAUGUGCAGAUCAAUGGAGGCUUUGGCGUAGAUUUCUCCCUGGCUACAGAUGACUUCAAAUCAGGGAUUGACCUGGUCAGUCAGAAAAUCCUCUCCCAUGGAGUGACCUCCUUCUGUCCCACUCUGGUGACUUCUCCUCCAUCUGUGUACCACCAGAUUCUCCCUCAGAUCAGUAUAAGAAAUGGUGGAGUCCAUGGAGCAGGUAUCCUGGGGGCCCAUCUGGAAGGACCAUUUAUCAGCAGGGAGAAGAAGGGGGCGCACCCGGAGCACUGCCUCCGCACCUUCGAGGCAGGUGCCUUCCAAGACCUGCUUGCCACCUACGGGGCCCUGGACUGUGUCCGGAUAGUCACCCUGGCCCCAGAGAUGAAGAGGAGCAGUGAGGUGAUCCAUGAACUCACCAAGCGGGGCAUCUGUGUCUCGCUCGGUCACUCAGUGGCUAACCUCUCCCAGGCAGAGGAGGCUGUGCAGCAUGGUGCUACCUUCAUCACUCAUCUCUUCAAUGCCAUGUUGCCGUUCCAUCAUCGUGACCCUGGGAUCGUGGGGCUGCUGGCAAAAAAUGGGCGGAGGGUCUUCUAUGGCAUGAUCUCUGAUGGCAUACACACCAACCCUGCUGCCCUGCGAAUUGCACACCGAGCACACCCCAAAGGCCUGGUGCUGGUGACGGAUGCCAUCGCUGGUAUGGGGCUGGCACCAGGUCGGCACACACUGGGUCAGCAGGUAGUGGAGAUCGAUGGGCUGAACACCUACAUUGCAGGAACGAAGACCCUGAGUGGUAGCGUAGCAACCAUGGAUGCGUGUGUGCGACACUUCCUGGAAGCCACAGGGUGCUCAGUAGAGACCGCCUUGGAGGCAGCAUCUCUCCAUCCUGCCCAGCUCCUGGGGAUUGAACAUAAAAAGGGAACCCUGAAUUAUGACUCUGAUGCAGAUUUCCUGAUGCUGAAUGACGGUCUGUAUGUGCAAGCCACGUACAUCGCAGGAGAGCAAGUCUGGAGACGGAAUACAUUAGGCAUGUGACACUGGGCUUUCCUGGUGCCCCCCUGCCCCAUGGCUCCCUGGCACUGUGGUUAGCAGCUUUGGUAACCACCUGACUCUUCUUUCUUCCUGCAACUCCCUUAAAGGAGCCUCAUACCAAAGAGCUAUGUUUUCCAGCCCAACCACUGCUUCCAGUCACAGCCAUGCCUGCAACAAAUCUGUUGGUGCUCAUUUGGUGGAGUGGGGAAACUAGGCAGAUCUGUGUUGCAGGGUGGGAGGCCAAUUGUUAGUCCCUGGAGUGACCUGAAGAUCUGCACAGCUGUCUUGUAUGGAGUCCCCAGGCAGAGGUGCUCCUAUCACUGUCUGAGAGCAGUGUGAGGCUGUCCCAGUCUCUGCGCUGUCUUAUACGGCACACACUAACCUGCCCUGUGUCCAAGGCAGGCUCAAGCCAUCGUUCCUCUCCUUGCUGUUUGCCUUACUCUGGGGCAGCCAUGGCUGAUUAGACAUCAGCUUCCUCCAGCUCAGCUUGCAGUCCUUCAUGUCAAAAGGCUCCUGUUGUGUUGGCAGAAGUUCAGGAUCCUGUUCUGAUCCCCUGGAACUUCCUCCAUCGUGUGUCCUCUGGAGGAAGGCUGCCACCGCUCACGGAUUCAGUGCCAUUGUGGGGGUGUAUUUCUAUGUGGCCGAAUCCUCAGGGCAGAGAUCAAGCCCAGGAAAACAAGACGUUGCUGGCCCUUUGUGCCUUCUCCCUGCAUCAGCAUCAAGUCCACAGCCUGUGGCUUCUGCUGGAGACAUGGUCAACAUCCUGCCACAGGAAGCAGUGUUCCUUUUAACCCUUUGCUCUGGCUGGAUGGAUUCUGCAGGCUCUAGUCUCUACACCCAGCCUUUGCAUCAUCUGAUGGGUUGGAUUUCUCAAGCCGCAGAUGGGAUGACUUGCUUUAGGGGAUGUGUCCAGCCUGGUAGUAACUGUCUCACAAGUCCUUGGCCCAGCUCAUGGACUAAAGGAAAGAAUCCUGUGGUUUAUAGGGGAGGAGAAUUAAAGUGGGAUUUUGGCCUUUUAAGACAGUUGCUGAUAGCUCAUUAUUCCCUUGCUCAUUAUUAUCUUCUCCAGUACUUGACUGUCAGCUAAUUUUCUGACACUUGAAAACUUCUUUUUGAAGACUAAUUGUGACUUUGAACCUACCAUGAUCAGAAAAGCCUUGUGAUAAGUCACAGAAUAAUAAGUCUGAGAAUCCUCAGAACAAUGAGAUGACUUUUGUAGUGAGAGGAAGACUUAGACAAGGGUUAAGUCUUAGCAAGUGCAGAGGUUACAAAGCAAGACAAAAGUCUGGUGAGGUUUGGUAGAAGUGUGCAGAUUUUUCCAGUACCUUUUUAUAGCCUUUAACAGCAACAUUUGGAAGUGCUUUCCUAGCAAUUUAAAGCCCUGCUGGAAUGACUGGCAGCCUUGGAGGAUUUCUAACAUCUACUGCCUGUGUCAGCAGAAA